AUGUCAGAGGGCGUGGGCACGUUCCGAGUGGUCCCUGAAGAGGAACAAGAGCUCCGUGCCCAGCUGGAGCGGCUUACGACCAAGGACCAUGGACCUGUCUUUGGCCCGUGCAGUCAGCUCCCCCGCCACACCUUACAGAAGGCCAAGGACGAGCUGAACGAGCGGGAAGAGACCCGGGAGGAGGUGGUGCGAGAGCUGCAGGAGCUGGUGCAGGCCGAAGCGGCCUCCGGGCACGAGCUGGCCCGGGCGGUGGCCGAGCGCGUGCAGGGAAGGGACAGCGCCUUCUUCCUGCGCUUCAUCCGCGCGCGGAAGUUCCACGUGGGGCGCGCCUACGAGCUGCUCAGAGGCUACGUGAACUUCCGGCUGCAGUACCCCGAGCUCUUCGACAGCCUGUCCCUGGAGGCGGUCCGCUGCACCGUGGAGGCCGGCUACCCUGGUGUCCUUUCCACUCGGGACAAGUAUGGCCGGGUGGUCAUGCUCUUCAACAUUGAGAACUGGGACUCCGAAGAAAUCACCUUCGACGAGAUCUUGCAGGCAUAUUGUUUCAUCCUGGAGAAGCUGCUAGAGAACGAGGAAACUCAGAUUAAUGGUUUCUGCAUCAUCGAGAACUUCAAGGGCUUUACCAUGCAGCAGGCUGCCGGACUUCGGGCUUCUGAUCUUAGGAAGAUGGUGGACAUGCUCCAGGAUUCCUUCCCAGCCCGGUUCAAAGCCGUCCACUUCAUCCACCAGCCGUGGUACUUCACCACCACCUACAACAUGGUCAAGCCUUUUCUGAAGAACAAGUUGCUCCAACGGGUCUAUGUCCAUGGAGAUGACCUCUCUGGCUUCUUCCAGGAGAUUGAUGAGGACAUCCUGCCCUCCGACUUUGGGGGCACACUGCCCAAGUAUGAUGGCAAGGUCGUUGCUGAGCAUCUCUUUGGCCCCCGGGGCCAAGCUGAGAACACAGCCUUCUGAGGACGUCUCCUGCCAUCCACCUGUAGUUAGCAACCCCCGGCUCUCCUCAGCCGUCCUGGACCCAGAAGUUUGGGAAAAGGGCUGCCUGAGGUGGCUGUGGUUCCCCUGAACCCCCUUAAGCUUGGAUGAAUUCAGGUGUCACCCUCCUCCCAAGUUGGGGGGCAAUAAAGCAGGGGCAAUUCCC